AUGAGGGUCACCGCCAUCGCCGUUGCCGUCCUCUCCGGACUGGCCCAGUCCCAGAUGUUCACCUCGACCCGUCCGGCCGGCUGGCAGCCGUCGCAGCCCGACUUCCCCGCCGUGCCCCUGGACCCGCAGACCAUCUUCGAGACGACCGUGUCCCGGGUCUUUGUGCCCGGCCCCGGCCGACCAACCUGGACUUGGAGCACAAAGGUCGUCACCGUCACCCAGCCUUGCACGACCACCUCCACGACUACCCCUUGCACCACUUCCACCAGGAAGCCCACGCCUACCCCGUGCUCAACUUCCAAGAAGCCUACUACGACUCCUUGCUCAACUUCCAAGAAGCCUACUACGACUCCUUGCUCAACUUCCAAGAAGCCUACUACGACUCCUUGCUCAACCCCCAAGAAGCCCACCACGACUCCUUGCUCAACAUCUAAGAAGCCCACUACGACGCCUUGCUCUACGUCUAAGAAGCCCACCACGACGCCUUGCUCUACGUCUAAGAAGCCCACCACGACGCCUUGCUCUACGUCUAAGAAGUCUACCACCACUCCUUGCACGACCUCUAAGAAGCCAACGACCACGCCUUGCUCUACUUCCAAGAAGUCCACAACGACUCCUUGCACCACCUCCAAGAAGCCGUCACCCACACCUUGCACCACUUCAACCAAGAAGACCACUACCCCCUGCGUGUCUUCCACUUCUAAGAAGCCCACAACCACCCCCUGCAAGUCUUCCUCCGGCAAGUCUUCCUCCAGCUCGAAGAAGCCCUCAACCACCCACAAACCCAAGACCUCUUCCAAGGUAGUGGUAACCUCCAGCCGCCGUCAUAACGCCACAACCCCUUGCACUUCGGCCACCAAGAAGGUGACGACUUCCCAGAAGCCCAAGACCACCACGACCGCCAAGGCCACCACCUCUGCCGUCGUCGUUGUCCUGUCUUCGCAGAAAGCCGUUUCAUCUUCCUCCAAGCCCGUUGUCGUGGUCUCCUCCCAGCGCGCUGUGCCGCCUGCGUCUUCGGCCUCCGUCGUUGUCGUCGCGUCUUCGCAGAAGGCUGUUCCCGUCACCCCUCAGGCCUCGAGCACGCCUUGCCCUACGGUCACCAGAGUCCAUUACCAAAACUCUACCGUCACUGCGAACAAGCCUGCUACUGUUCCCUCGCAGCCUCCCGCUCAGCCUCCAGCGCAACCUCCUUCUCAACCUCCUUCUCAGCCUCCAGCGCAACCUCCUUCUCAACCCCCUUCGCAGCCUCCGGCUCAGCCCCCUGCGCAACCUCCCGCGCAACCUCCCGCGCAACCUCCCGCGCAACCUCCCGCGCAGCCUCCCACGCAGCCCGCUCAGCCGCCCGCGCAGCCUCCUGCCCAGACUCCGGCGCAGCCUCCCACCCAGCCAUCUACCACUGGAGGCAAGCCCUCCACGGUCGUCACCGCUGGCGGCAGCUACGUCAAGGCGCCUCUCACGCUUGCCGGUGCUCUCCUGGUCGCCGCCUUCUUCCUCUAA